AAUAGUAGAUGUUUUUUUCCAAACUAACCAACAUUCUACAAUUUCUUUCCCCUCUUUCUAGAACACCAAUACCACCUUAAUUUUUCUUCACUUUCUAGGGUUACUCUUCUGAUUGCAGAUCAUCAAUUUCACUUGAUUCCCCACCCCAAAAUUUGGGGAUUUCAGCUGAUUAAUUACAACCAGUGCUGAAAUUAUUUAAUGAUGUUUUAAUAUUUAUUAAUUUAGAGCUAAAUUAGUUCUUUCAUAAUGGAUUCGAAUAAUUGGCGACCUGCUCAAAAUGAGGCGCCACCUAUGGACGGUGGCGAUUGGCGGAGUCAACUUCUGCCGGAGUCCCGCCAACGAAUCGUCAAUAAGAUAAUGGAAACUUUGAAGAGACAUCUCCCGUUUUCUGGCCAAGAAGGGCUGCAAGAACUUAAGCAGAUUGCCAUACGAUUUGAAGAAAAAAUAUAUAGCGCUGCGACAAGCCAGUCUGAUUAUCUGAGGAAGAUAUCAUUAAAGAUGCUUACAAUGGAGUCGAAAUCUCAGAAUUCACUCCCCAAUGCGUUGCCUUCCAACUCUUCUGGUAUGAGCAGAAAUCCGCAGGAUUCAGUACCUUCUCAAAAUAUGCAAUCCCAAGUGCAGAGUCAGAGUCAAUCUGUUCCCCACCAGAUGGCGUCUCAGUCUCAAUCCCGGCAGCAGGUUUUAGCUCAGAACAUGCAAAACAAUAUAGCAUCUGCAGGCAUGCAAACUACUGCCAGCUUGCCGAACUCUUUGCCGCAGGUUAAUAGUUUAGCACAGAACAUGCCAAAUGCUUCUCAAAAUACCAACAUGCAGAGUAUUUCUGGCAUCUCACAGAACUCAAUGGGAAGUACAAUGAAUCCUGGAGUAUCGUCCAACAUGUUCACAAAUGCCCAAAGGCAGAUGCAAGGAAGGCAACAUACUCAACAGGCUGGUUCCCAUCAGCAACAGCAAUCACAGAAUAGUCAGCAAUACAUGUACCAACAACAGUUGCAGCAUCAGAUGUUGAAGCAGAAGUUGCAGGGAAAUAUCCAACAACCAGUCAUGCAGACACCAUUACAGCAACAACAACCACAAUCACAGGCUCAACAAAAUCUGUUACAGGCAACUCAGCAACCAAUCAUGCAAACCUCAUCUGUUAUGCAGCCUUCUAUGAUGUCUGGGUUACAGCCAAACCAACAGUCUUCUAUUCAACAACCAUCUCAGUCUGUGCUUCAGCAGCAUCAACAAUCAGUACUCAGGCAGCAGCAACAGCCACAGUCACAGCCACAGUCACAGCCACAGCCACAGCCACAGCCACAACAGACUUCUAUUAAUCAACAACAGCAAACUCAGCUACCCCAGCAAUCAAUGAUGACAUCCCAGGGCCAGCAGCAGCAGUUAAUGGGACAACAACCAAAUUCUGCGAAUGUGCAACAAAAUCAACUGGUUGGCCAACAGAGUAAUAUCUCCGAUAUGCAGCAACAGCAGCAGCAGCAGCAGCAACAACCACAGCAGCAGCAGCGUAUGUCAGGUCAGCAGAACAAUCUUCAAAACCUACCAUCACAACAGCAAACCAGCCAUCAGAACAUGCAGCAGCAACAUAUGAUGGGUCAACAAAGCAAUCUUUCUAACAUGCAUCAGCAACAGUUAGGUCAUCAAAGUCAUGCUGGGGGGCUUUCACAGCAGCAAUUGAUGGGAACGCAAUCGGGGAAUGCUAACAUGCAGACGAAUCAACACUCAGUACACAUGAUGCAACAACAAAAGGGUGUAGUUCCGCAACAGAACCAAAAUGCUUCUUUAUUGCCAGGUGGCGGGCAGCCAGCACAGUCACAAUCGCAGUCACAGCAGCAGUUGAUGUCACAGCUACAAUCUCAGCCAGCCCUACAACAGCAAUUGGGUUUGCAGCAGCAGACAAAUUCCCUUCAACACAAUAUGCAGCCUCGGAUGCAAAAUCCAAGUUCUUUGCUUCAGCAGCAAAACAUGAUUGAUCAGCAAAAGCAGAUGUUUCAAUCACAAAGAGCUCUUCCGGAGGCACCAUCUAGUUCCUUGGAUUCCACUGCUCAGACUGGUAAUACAAAUGCUGGUGACUGGCAAGAAGAGGUCUAUCAAAAGAUUAAAACUAUGAAGGACAUGUACUUCGCAGAUCUUAAUGAGAUGUACCAAAAAAUUACUAUGAAACUGCAGCAGCAUGAUACUCUACCUCAACAACCAAAGAUGGACCAGCUCGAGAAGCUUAGAAUUUUUAAAAAUAUGUUGGAGAGGUUAAUGCAAGUUUUACAAAUAACAAAGAACAAUAUUCAACCAAAUCACAAAGAGAAAUUGCCAUCGUUUGAGAAGCAGAUUGUGGGAUUACUCAAUACCAACAGGCCUAGGAGGCCUGUUCCUUCCAUGCAAUCAGGGCAGAUUCUCCCCCCUCAAAUGCAGUCUAUGCAACAAGCACAGCAGCCACAUUCUCAGAUUACUCAAGCACAAUCACAUGAAGUUGGUGUCAACCCACAGUUGCAGUCUAUGAAUUUACAAGGUUCUGUUACUACAAUGCAACAGAGCAAUGUUCCAAGCUUGCAGCAUGGAUCUGUACCUUCUAUAUCUGCUAUCACUUCUUCACAGCAGAGCAUGGGAGGUCCAUUACAGACCAAUCCCAAUUUAGAUUCCGGACAGGGAAGUACACCUAGUUCAGUACAGCAAGUUGCAAUGGCAUCUCUACAGCAGAAUCCGGUUGGUGCUCCUCAGCAGGGGAACAUGAAUUCUUUGCAAUCACAAAAUGGAGUUAAUAUGUUGCAGCCAAACAUUCAAUCAAGUUCAAAUAUGCUCCAAAAUCAGCAUCUGAAACAGCAGCAAGAGCAGCAGAUUAUGCAAAACCAACAGUUGAACUUGAAACAACAACUCCAGAAUAGGCAUAUGCAACAGCAAAUGAUGCAAAAGCAGCAGCUUCUGCAGCAGCAACAGCAUUUACACCAGCAAGUGAAGCAGCAACAAGCUUCACAAAUUUCAGCUCAUCAGAUGCCUCAACUUCACCAAAAUGAUGUAAAUGAAAAGAUGAGACAAGGAUUAGGUCUUAGAUCAGGUGUUUUCCCACAACAUCUCUCAUCAGCUCAACGGUUUGCACAUCAGCAGCUGAAGCCUGUGGCAUCUUUCCCUGUCUCUUCACCUCAAUUGUUUCAGGCUGUGUCACCGCAAAUUAACCAGCAUUCUCCGCAAAUUGAUCAGCAAAAUCUGCAACAAUCUGUCUCAAAAGGGGGAACCCCUUUGCAGUCAGCAAACUCACCCUAUGUUCCUUCUCCUUCAACUCCGUUGGCCCCAUCUCCUAUGCCUGGUGAUGCUGAGAAACCGGCUGUUUCCUCACUCUCAAACGUUACAAACAUUGGAAAUCAACACAGUGGUGUACCUGCUGCAUCUCAAUCUCUUUCCAUUGGAACUCCUGGAAUAUCACCGUCUCCUUUGUUCGAGUGUGCAGGGCUAGAUGUUGCUCAUGGUAACAGCUCUGCACUUAAUUCUGGGAAAUCUAGUUUAACAGAGCAACCACUUGAUCGCUUACUGAAAGCUAUGAAAUCAAUAUCCCCAAAAGCAUUAAAUGCCUCAGUCUGUGACAUUGGUUCUGUUGUCAGCAUGAUUGAUCGUAUUGCAGGAUCAGCUCCUGGAAAUGGCUCUAGAGCUACAGUUGGUGAGGAUUUAGUUGCCAUGACAAAGUGUCGCUUGCAAGCUAGAAACUUUCAGACACAAGAUGGAAGUACGGGAACAAAAAGAAUGCGCAGAUAUACCAGUGCAAUGCCCUUAAAUGUAGCAGCAACGGUUGGUAGUAUGAAUGAUAACUUCAAGCAGUUUGCUGGGUAUGAGACAUCGGAGUUAGAGUCAACUGCAACAUCUAGUGUCAAGAAGUCCAGGACUGAGGUUAAUCAUACCCUGUUGGAAGAAAUCAGAGAAAUAAAUGAGCGUCUUAUAGAUACCGUCAUUGAUGUCAGUGAUGAAGAUACAGACCCUUUUGUAGCCGAGGGCAGUGAAGGAACCAUUGUCAAGUGCUCUUUUAAUGCUGUAUCUUUGAGUCCAAAAUUGAAGUCGCACUACACUUCAGCCCAGAUGUCACCAAUUCAGCCGUUGAGGUUGCUGGUUCCUGUAAAUUAUCCAAAUUGUUCCCCAAUUUUGUUGGACAAGUUGUCAGUUGAUGUUAGUAAUGAAUAUGAAGAUCUUUCAGCGAAGGCAAAGUCGAGGUUUAGCAUUUCUCUUCGAAGUCUUUCACAACCAAUGUCUCUUAAGGAGAUAGCAAGGACAUGGGAUAAUUGUGCUCGGGCUGUCAUUUGUGAAUAUGCGCAGCAACAGGGUGGAGGGACCUUCAGCUCAAAAUAUGGUACUUGGGAAAAAUGUUUAACCGCUGCUUGAUCUUCAGCGCUAUACCUUCAAAGUUAAGCAGGUGGACUUUAAAAUUCAUUUCUGCUGGGUCGAGUUUGUGAAUAGAAUGUUGUGCAAAUCUUUGAGGGUGGUCUAUAAAUGUUCAUAUCUUGAAUUUAUUUGGAUGUAACUUCUAUCCCAACCCCCUAUUAGUGAUUAUUUUUAUAUUUGUAGCAUUUGCUUCAUGGUGCCUGGUAGCUAUAACUAUGUAUGAGGACUUGAGGUUAGGCAUUUGUUACAAUGCUAUUGUUGUCUAAAUGUAACGAAUUACUUGGCCUCAAUGAAAUACCGUGUGAAGCGUA